UAAAUACUCGGAGUCAAGGAUGUGGCAUUGAAGCUGGUGGAUAUAAGCGCAGCUCUGCCAGAGCUUGGGGACUUUCUUGCACCGCUCCUCUCUGGGAUGCUUUGCCUCUGCUGAACCACAACCCUCUGUCAGGCCCCCUCGGACGUGGCUAUGGCUUGGUUUCUGUUUCUGUGUGUGUUCGUGGCUUUGGCCCUGGCUUUGUUAGUGCAGCAGCUGAAGCUGAGGAUGUCUGGACGCGGACCCCAGGAGCCUCCACACCUCCCAGCUCUGCCCCUGAUCGGCAGCCUGCUCAGCCUGCAAGGCCCAAACCCUCCACAUGUGCUUUUCAAAGAGCUCCAGGAGACGUACGGGCCGACAUAUUCUCUGAUGAUGGGCUCUCACAGAGUCAUCGUCGUCAACCACCACGUCCACGCCAAAGAGGUCCUGCUGAAGAAGGGGAAGACGUUCGCAGGACGACCCAGAACUGUAACCACAGAUGUUCUGACCAGAGACGGGAAAGACAUCGCAUUCGGAGACUACAGCGCUACCUGGAGGUUCCACAGGAAAAUAGUCCACGGAGCUCUGUGCAUGUUUGGAGAGGGUUCGGCCUCCAUCGAGAAGAUCAUCUGUGCAGAGGCCCAGUCUCUGUGCUCCGUCCUGUCUGAGGCGGCGUCCGUCGGCCUGGCCCUGGAUCUGUCCCCUGAACUGACCCGCGCCGUCACCAACGUCAUCUGCUCGCUCUGCUUCAACUCCUCCUACAGCAGAGGAGACCCGGAGUUUGAGGCCAUGCUGAGCUACAGCCAGGGCAUCGUGGACACCGUGGCUAAAGACAGCCUGGUGGACAUCUUCCCCUGGUUACAGAUUUUUCCCAACGCAGACCUGCGUCGUCUGAAGCAGUGUGUUUCAAUCAGAGACAAUCUCCUGCAGAAGAAGUUCGAUGAACACAAGGCUGACUACAGUGACCAUGUGCAGAGGGACCUAAUGGACGCGCUGCUUAGGGCCAAACGCAGCGCAGAGAACAACAACACGGCGGAGAUCAGCGCGGAGUCGGUGGGUCUCAGCGACGACCACCUCCUCAUGACCGUGGGAGACAUCUUUGGAGCCGGCGUGGAGACCACCACCACGGUGCUCAAAUGGGCCGUCACCUACCUCAUCCACCACCCGCAGGUGCAGAGGCGCAUCCAGGAGGAGCUGGACAGUAAAGUGGGAGGGGAUCGCUCCCCCAGGCUCAGCGACAGAGGCAGUCUGCCCUACCUGGAGGCCACCAUUCGGGAGGUGUUGCGGAUCCGCCCCGUGGCCCCUCUGUUCAUCCCGCAUGUGGCCGUCAGUGACACCAGCAUCGGGGAUUUCUCGGUCAGAAAGGGAACUCGGGUCAUCAUCAACCUGUGGUCUCUGCACCACGAUGAGAAGGAAUGGAAAAACCCGGAGCUCUUUGACCCCGGCCGGUUCUUAGACAGCGAGGCCACGGGCCUGACCAUCCCGUCCUCCAGCUACCUGCCGUUCGGAGCCGGGAUCCGGGUGUGUCUGGGCGAGGCCUUGGCCAAGAUGGAGCUCUUCCUCUUCCUGUCCUGGAUCCUCCAGCGCUUCACCCUCUCCGUCCCACCGGGCCACGCGUUGCCCAGUCUGGAGGGGAAAUUCGGCGUGGUCCUCCAGACCCCCAAGUACAAGGUGACCGCCACGCCCAGACCCGGCUGGGAGAGACAGAGGAGCCAGACGUGUUGAGAGUCGGCUCCAGUUCCCCAACAGUCAGUGUAGCACCAGCAUGACGUGUAGCUGGACAUGUAGCACUUUGCUUUUUUUUUUUUUUUGUAUGAAGUGUAUGGCAUUUUAUUUCUUUUAGUGCAGCGUUACACAAUCUGAGCUCAGUUUAUUUAAGAAAUAAAACGCUGGGUGUGAUGUGCAGUAACUCCACGUUCUUCAGGAGAACCAUAAAGUAGGCAGCAAAUAUUCUCAUGUGUUUAAUUUUUUGUGUGUGUGUGUGUUGAAACUUCUUUAACCUUUAAAGUUGUUUAAAUAAAGCGUGUAAAGAGUUUUUAGCACGCCUCUUUCAGUGGAACUUAUUCAUUUUAAUCUUUAAUAUUCAACACAUUCAUUGCAGCAUGAAGGCUUGAUGUAAAGUGUAGUUAAAGUAGAAGUACUUUAAACCGGUAUGUAAACAGGGUGUUACAGUAUUUAAGUAAAGAUCACAUUUCCACCACACUGAUCGUCAUAAUCAACAUGAGUUGUUUAACUUCUUCUUCUGCAGUGUUUAGUUCAAAUACGUUUUUCAAAUGAUUUUGUUUGUUUGUGUUCCAAGAUAAUGUGAA